CGGUCGCUCGUUAGCGUCAUGGCUCCCCAGGAGGCGGCGGCGCCUACGGGCCCCCUGUGGGGACUCGUGCAAGACUUCGUCAUGGGUCAGCAGGAGGGCCCCGCUGACCAGGUGGCUGCAGAUGUGAAAUCUGGCAGCUAUUCAGUGUUGCAAGUGGUGGAAGCCCUUGGAUCUUCUCUGGAGAACCCAGAACCCAGGACUCGGGCACGAGGAAUCCAGCUUUUGUCACAGGUGCUACUCCAGUGUCACUCUCUGCUCCUGGAGAAGGAAGUUGUACACCUGAUCCUGUUCUAUGAGAAUCGACUGAAGGACCAUCAUCUUGUGAUCCCAUCUGUCCUGCAGGGUUUGAGGGCACUUAGCCUGUGUGUAACCCUGCCCCCAGGGCUGGCCGUCUCUGUGCUUAAGGCCAUCUUCCAAGAGGUACACGUACAGUCCUUGCCACAGGUGGACCGACACACAGUCUAUAGUAUCAUCACCAACUUCAUGCAAAUCCGGGAAGAAGAGCUAAAGGGCCUAGGAGCUGACUUCACCUUUGGCUUCAUCCAGGUGAUGGAUGGGGAAAAAGAUCCCCGUAAUCUUCUGGUGGCCUUCCGUAUCGUCCAUGACCUCAUCUCCAGAGACUAUAGCCUGGGACCCUUUGUGGAGGAGUUGUUUGAAGUGACUUCUUGCUAUUUCCCUGUUGAUUUCACGCCUCCACCUAAUGAUCCCCAUGGAAUCCAGAGAGAGGAUCUCAUCCUGAGUCUUCGAGCUGUGCUGGCUUCUACAUCACGAUUUGCUGAGUUCCUGCUGCCCCUGCUAAUUGAGAAGGUGGAUUCCGAGAUUCUCAGUGCCAAGCUGGAUUCUCUGCAGACUCUGAAUGCUUGCUGUGCUGUGUAUGGACAGAAGGAACUGAAGGACUUCCUCCCCAGCCUUUGGGCUUCUAUCCGCAGAGAGGUGUUCCAGACGGCAAGUGAGCGGGUGGAGGCAGAGGGCCUGGCGGCCCUCCACUCCCUGACUGCGUGUUUGUCUCGCUCUGUGCUGAGGGCUGAUGCUGAGGACCUCCUUGACUCCUUCCUUAGCAACAUUCUACAGGACUGCAGGCAUCAUCUCUGUGAACCGGACAUGAAAUUGGUGUGGCCUAGUGCCAAACUGUUGCAGGCAGCUGCAGGUGCAUCUGCGCGGGCCUGUGACCACAUCACCAGCAACAUUCUGCCUUUACUGCUGGAACAGUUCCACAAGCACAGUCAGAGCAACCAGAGGCGGACAAUCCUGGAAAUGAUCCUGGGUUUCUUGAAGCUGCAGCAGAAAUGGAGCUAUGAAGACAAAGAUGAAAGGCCUCUGAGUGCUUUCAAGGACCAGCUGUGCUCACUGGUAUUCAUGGCCCUAUCAGACCCCAGCACUCAGCUUCAGCUUGUUGGCAUCCGUGCACUCACAGUCUUGGGUGCCCAGCCAGAUCUCCUAUCUUCUGAGGACUUGGAGCUGGCAGUGGGUCACCUACACAGACUGAGUUUCCUGGAGGAGGAUUCCCAGAGUUGGGUGGCAGCACUGGAAGCAUCAGGAGCCCUGGCCACACUCUACCCUGUGGCCUUCAGCAGCCACCUAAUACCCAAGCUUGCUGAGGAGCUACACAUAGGGGAGUCAGACUUGGCUAGAGGGGAUGGGCCCACCAAGCCCUGCCAGCAUCUGCGCUGUCUACAAGCCCUGUCAGCUGUUUCAACACAUCCCAGCAUUGUCAAGGAGACACUGCCUCUGCUGUUGCAGCAUCUCUGCCAGAUGAACAGAGGAAAUAUGGUUGCAGGACCUAAUGAAGUUAUUGCCAUCUGUCAGAGCCUCCAGCAGGUGGCAGAAAAAUGCCAGCAGGACCCUGAGAGCUGCUGGUAUUUCCACCAGACAGCUAUCCCUUGCCUGCUUGCCCUGGCUGUGCAGGCUUCCAUGCCAGAGAAGGAGCCCUCUGUCCUGAGAAAAGUGCUGCUGGAGGAUGAGGUAUUGGUCGCCAUGGUGUCUGUUAUUGGCACUGCCACCACCCACCUGAACCCUGAAUUAGCUGCCCAGAGUGUUACCUGCAUUGUACCCCUCUUCUUGGAUGGCAACACCUCCUUUCUGCCUGAAAACAGCUUUCCAAGCAGAUUCCAGCCAUUCCACGAUGGCUCUGUGGAGCAAAGGCGGCUGGUUGCACUGCUUAUGGCCUUUGUCUGCUCUUUGCCUCGAGAGGUGGAAAUCCCUCAGCUGAACCAACUUAUGCGGGAGCUGUUGGAACUGAGCUGUUGCCAUGGCUGCCCCUUCUCCUCCACAGCUGCUGCCAAGUGUUUUGCAGGACUCCUAAACAAGCAUCCUGCAGGGCAGCAGCUAGACGAAUUCCUCCAGCUGGCUGUGGACACAGUGGAGGCGAGCCUGGGCUCUGGGCCCUCUCGUAGGCAGGCCUUCACACUGCUGCUGUGGGUAACAAAGGCGCUAGUGCUCAGAUACCAUCCUCUCAGCUCCUGCCUUACAACCCGGCUCAUGGGCCUCCUGAGUGAUCCAGAACUAGGCCCAGCAGCAGCCGAUGGCUUUUCUCUGCUCAUGUCUGACUGUACUGAUGUGUUGACUCGCGCUGGCCACGCCGAGGUGCGGAUCAUGUUCCGCCAGCGGUUCUUCACAGACAAUGUGCCUGCUUUGGUCCAGGGCUUCCAUGCUGCUCCCCAAGAUGUGAAGCCAAACUACCUGAAGGGCCUGUCCCAUGUCCUUAACAGGCUGCCCAAGCCUGUGCUGUUGCCAGAGCUGCCCACACUUCUCUCCUUGCUGCUGGAGGCCCUGUCCUGCUCUGACUGUGUGGUCCAACUCUCCACGCUCAGCUGCCUUCAGCCUCUCCUGCUGGAAGCACCCCAGGUCAUGAGUCUUCAUGUUGAUACCCUCGUCACCAAGUUUCUGAACCUCAGCUCCAGCCCUUCCAUGGCUGUCCGGAUCGCGGCUCUGCAGUGCAUGCAUGCUCUCACUCGCCUACCCACCCCGGUGCUGCUCCCCUACAAACCACAGGUGAUCCGAGCCUUAGCCAAACCCUUGGAUGAUAAGAAGAGACUGGUGCGCAAGGAGGCCGUAGCAGCCAGGGGAGAGUGGUUUCUGCUGGGGAGCCCUGGCAGCUGAGCCCUUGGUCCUGGUCUAGACUGUUCUGUCAGACAAUCUUACCUGGAAUUACUAAUUCUUGGCUAUCCUGCUCAAGGCAAGGAGACCACUGGACUGCCUUCCCCAUGGACACAGCACAAAUGCCGGCCCUCUGUUGCAUGGCUAUAUAAGAAACCUAGAGUCCUGGUUUCUCAUGGAUUUCUGAUGGAGCCAAGCGUAAAACUACUUGGGUUUGGAGAAAAGUCUUAGGUCAAGAAAAGGGAGAUAUGCUGCUGAGGUGUGAAUGCAGAUGAACAUGGCCCAAGGACCAGGGAUGGUGGAUAUGUGUGUACCUGCUGGAGAAUAAACAUUUCUUUUGGUAAUGGGGCUAUCUGUCAGAUAUU